CAGCCAGGUCGGUCGAACGGACUGGAACCAUCGGCAUUGACUUUGUGAAUGUUGGGGCAUCGGGCCGGAAAGUUAUCUCUCCCAACGCCGCUUGCGAAAAAGUAGUGAAAAGCGGAGCCCUUUCACAGUCAGCCAUGAUGGAAAUUGGUAGCCAAGUUCUAGCGGCUCAGGGAGUGCCCGCAUUACAGCACGCUGGUUUGCUAAUGCGCGGUGGUGCCUCGGUGGUGGCGGCUUCCGCUCUCUCAGACGCCGUCUGGAAGUUAUCGGGCGGAGCGGGUACCAAGGGUAGGAAGAACACGCCCAACAAAGCCUUGGUCAAAAAGUCGUCGCCAAGUAAAGCCUCCGUUUCGAAAAGCAAUAUGGUAGUGGAGGAACGAAUCCUCGGUCUACCGAUUACUCCCGAAGGCAAGUCGGCGCUCUACAUGGCGAUCGCCAUGGCUUGCCACUACCUUGGUUAUUCCCUGGCUCGACCAAUUACCGUUGCGUUGUUCACGUCUUCCUCCACGGGGUACGCUGGCUUCCCGGCUGCCUUUCCCUUCGCCAUGGCGUUUGUCAGCCCAGCGGCGUUGUCGCUGUUGGUAGCCUACGGAAAGCUUCUGGAUCGCAGCGGUCCACGGGGUGCCUUGACGGGUUCCACUGUCUUCUGCGCUUUGACCGUCAGUCUGGCUGCUCUGGCCAUUGCCGUCUUUCAAAAGCAUGGCGUCAUGAUUGGAUCGGUACCCGCGGUCAAAUUCAUUUCUGGCCCGUUAUUUGUUUUCCGGGAAGCUUACGUGCAGCUGUUGACUAGUCAGUACUGGUCCUUUAUGGCGUCUGUCUUGACACCCAACCAGAGCGCUACCUGGUUUGGUCCCAUUGCUGGACUCACGAGUAUUGCCAGUGCUCUCUCCGGAUUCGCCGUCUCCCCGCUCGUCAACCGUGUCGGUUUGGUGGGUGGGCUCUGCGGUACCGGACUCUCCCUUUUGCUCAGUUUGAUUGGCGCCAACGCAGCGUACCAAAUGGCGGACAAGUACGGCUUUACUCCCAAGGACACGCACAAGAAAAAGAAGCCUACACGAGGCCUCGCAGAAAAGGAACCCAACGUGAUCCAGAAAGCCUCGUCCCUUUUUCAACGUGUGCCCGUUCUCAAGGCCCUUUUUAUGGAGAUACUCGCCAGCCAAGGUCUCGCCACGGUUCUGAAUGUGGUCUUUGUCGCUCGCCUCGGCACGGCAAUCCCGGACGACACGGAGCGUGCCGGUUGGGUGGGCGUGUUCUUUGCGGCAAUUAAUGUCGUCACCAUGGUUUUGCAGUUUGGUAUCCUGCCACCACUUAUGCGAGUGAUCGAGCCCCGUGAUUUGUGGCGGGCGGUACCGAUUGUGUCCCUCUUGGCCACUGGUUUCCAAAUGUUGCAAAAGGAUCCGUCGCUGUACGUGGUGAGUGCCUCGCUCCUCGUCAUGAAGGUCAGUGAGUACUCGGCACGCCGCAUGCUGGACGAGAUGGUCUUUGUCCCGCUCGAUUUCGAAAGCCGCUUCGUAGGCAAAGAAGUGAUUGGGGUCUUUGGCUACCGCUUUGGCAAAUCCCUCAUGUCGCUGGGUUUGUCGGGAUUGACGUCCGUGAUGGGAAGCUUUGGACUGCAGGAGUUGUCCAUACUGAGCAAUCUCGUAGCUUUUACUUGGUUGUCCACGGCCUGGAAGCUCAGUAACCUGGUCCCGACUCGCGAAGAGGCAGAAACAGUCUACCUCAAGGCCCACAAGGGCGACCGGAGACGGCCGGCAAAAGCCAUCAAGAACAAGAAGCGCUAAACGGCGACAGUCUAAAGUCAGGGAAACGCACAGAACACGAAGUAAAGCGUCUAGUAAAACUCAAAAUCAUUCUAUUCU